AUGCAAAUUUUCGGGGAGUACAUUCAUUCGUUACCGUGUACUAAAGGUAUCAAACAGUCUAGCCUGUUUAUCAAUCAAGAACAGAACGGGCUGUCUGAUCUCUUCACAGAUUAUUUCAUUCAAUCAAAUAGCAAAAAAUGUGACAUACCGGAGUUUACAGUUUCUGCCAUCACCCAAUCGUUUCAUUGUGAUGUUAUUGAUACUUGCAUUUUGCAUUUGCUGCACAAAAGUUUCACUAAUAAUAUUCUAACUUAUGGCUAUCAGCUAGCAAAGAAUUCUGAUGUCGUCACUAAGCUUUUUUGUCACUCUUCAAAUACCAAUGUCACAUUACUUAAGAGCAACGUUUGGAAACUGUUACAUGAAUUGAUAGGCACCGAAAAUUUCAUGAACAUAUUAUUGAACCACUCUGUAUAUUUAAAUACAGGAUAUUAUUUUAGGCAGAUAAUAGGGAAUCCAAUCAAUGCACCCCAGGUUCCGCCAACAUGGAUGAACCGAAAAGAACAUGCUAAUGUCAAAGCGAGGCUUACGAUCGACUGGAACAAUGUCCUAUAUCGUAAUGUUAAACCUCAAGAUCACAAGAUCUUAAUUAGUCCUGAUGCCGUACUUUUGUUCAAGGAAAUAUUUCCCAAUCAAAUAGUAGGUGGUAAACUAAAAGGUUCGAAGAAGGUCAUUAUGAAUAAUCUGCGAAAAUGUCUGAAAGAGUUUAUAAAUAAUCACUACAAAGUUCCUUUCAAAUACAUUGGAAACAAAACAUGCCCGAAAUCAUCGAACGACUUCUACACUUCCCAAAAGAACGUCAUCCGCUUCUUGGUCAUUUCUAUUCGCAAGACCAUCCCCCUCAAUUUAUUAGGAUCCCCAAAUAAUUUCAGUGUUCUCUACAAGGCAGUUUCUGCUCUGGUAAGAAAAACAUUACACACUAGGCUAUCUAUGGAAGAACUUUCACGUGGUUUGCGUAUAAAUGACGUAAAUUGGUAUAAAAAAUCUGGUUCUGAGGACAAAACUGCCCCCAGAUUAGAGAUAUAUCAACAUCAGAUACAAUCAAAUCUUUUAAAUCAACUCUUUUUUUGGCUGCUAUCAGUUUAUGUUCCAAAACUUGUUUCGAUGUUCUUUUAUGUGACCGAAUUAUCAGGGACUAUCAAUGUUGUUUAUAUCAGGCAUGACGUAUGGAAAUCUAUGUCGCGACCAUUUUUAAAAUCAUACUUUAAGCAGUAUCUUUUGGAGAACAAAGAAUGCCAGGAACAUAGGUCUUUCUCCAAUUCCAAUUUUAAUCACAGAAACCUCAGAUUAAUACCGAAGAAAAGCGGAUCAGAUUUCAGAGUUAUUGCCGUACCAUGCAAAGGAAUUAAUUUACAGGAGGUAUCUGACUAUAAUGAUUAUUUCAAAAAUGCUGUGAAGCCUACGAAAAUUAUCUUGGAGCGAUUACGAAUAAGGAAAAGUACUAAAUUUGCCAAAGCAUUCUCACCUGUGGAAAUACCUAUGAUCAUAUCAGAGUAUAAACGCAAGUUAAUCAAUAAGUAUGGGUUCGUUCCGAACUUACAUCUACUGAAAUUUGAUAUUCAAUCUUGCUAUGAUUCGAUACCAGUUGAUAGGGUAAUGAAACUGAUCAAAAGGGAGAUUUCGAGCAGUAAAGAAUUCUUUUUAAGGUCCGAAGAUGUUUUAUCUUUAGAUUCAACACGUCUAAAAAAGCGUUUUUUUAUCAAUGGAGACAGUACAAAAAAUAAAAAUGACAUUGUUAUAGAUUCUGUUAAAUCUGUUGUUCUAUCUCAACUUGAUAUCUUAUCUGUUCUUGAAAUGGAGCUCUUUAAAACGAGCAUUGUUUAUAGAGGAAAGUGUUAUUUACGAAAGGAUGGACUUUUUCAGGGUACACCAUUGUCUUCAGUUCUUGUUGAUAUAUUAUAUGACAAUUUAUUAGAGUCUUACGAGGAGUUCAAACAUGCGGAUGAUAACAACGCUUUGAUUAUUAGAUUAGUUGAUGAUUUUCUCGUUAUAUCGCCUUCGAAACCUUAUAUCGAUAAAAUAAAUGCUAUUGCUCAACUGGGUUUCAAGUCUUUCAAUGCAAAGGUUAACCCGAAAAAGGUUUUGAUAACUUCGUCUGAGUUACCGGGUUCUGAGAGCGUACCUUUUUGUGCCUUACAAAUCAAUCUGAAAACUUUAGAGGUAUGGAAGGACCAUUCUUCUUACAACGUGAUAAGUGGUGACUUUGCUUCUACAAAACAGAUCUUUGAGAAACUGUUAUGGAUAUUUGAAAUGAGAUUAUCGUACAACAUGUUAGAUACAAAUCUCAACAGUUUGAAUAUUGCAUUGCUAUAUAUGAGGGAAGUGAGCUUAAAUCUCGUAGAAUCAUUCAUUUCACUAUUUGAUAAGAAGAAACCAACGAAAACUGCAUUUGUUCAGUUCAUGCUAAAUAUAUUUGAAAGAAUUGAUCUUCACCUUGCUAGCAACAAUAUUACCUCUGCUGAAAAAUCAUCUGGUCUUAAAAGGACCAUGAUGUCUGUGUUUAUACAACAGCUUGGGUUGAGAAGAGAUAAAUUCAAAGACAUUUUAGGAACUAUGGAUGAAUUAAAUGCAUCGAUUAUUUAA